AUGGCGGAGGUGGCUGUAGCAGAGGAGCCAGAGUAUAAGCGGGACAUGGAGGCGUUCUACAGGAUGGCCAAGUACCCGCUGGUGGCGUCCUCUGAUUGCACUGCGGACAUGAAGACGGAGGCGAUGGACGUGUGCAUCUCCGCCUGCGAGCGGCACCCGGUCGACCUGGAGAAGUGCACGCAGAUGAUCAAGGAUGGGUUGGACAAGCGCUUUGGCGGGCCCUGGCACGUGGUGGUGGGCAAGGCCUUUGCGUUCCAAGUCACGUACGAGUGCAAGCACUUCCUUCACUUGUUUGUUGGCGGAACGACGGGGGUGCUGGUUUGGAAGCUCUAG